AUGUUACGAGAAAUAUCAUACCAUAUAUUAACAUUAGAUAAAAAUAAUAGUGAAUUAACAAUACGUCAGUGCGUUGAUAAGUAUGAAAUAUUAUUGAAAUGCUGCAAAAAAGUUCAAAAAAUUUAUGGACCAAUAAUCCUGUGGACUAUGAAUGUUAAUGCGAUUGUACUUUGCGCUGUCAUUUUUCAACUUUCUCAUAGUGAAAAGUUCAGAGAGUGUAUUUAUGCCGCAAAUUGGGUUGGAAAUAAUCGAAUGAAGUCUUCAAUAAUUAUAAUGCUUGCCCAGAAACCACUAAUUUUAACGGCAUGUAAUUUAUUACAUGUGACAAUUGAUAUGUUUGUAAAAGUUAUAAAUACGACGGUGUCCUGUUAUUUAUUAUUAAAAACUCAUAUUCCUUAA